AUGCCUCGCCCAGCGCCAAAACGUAACCGCACGAAACCCUCAGGCCAUCUUCCAGCCGAGAAGCGCGACAAUGACGCGACUCAAUCUCCAGAGCGUGGAUCCACGCUGGAUCCUCGACAAGCACUACGCAGCCAAACGCCCAUGACAACAAGUUAUGAGCAGGCAAUCGAAUCAUCGCCGACGGGCAGUCGCCCUGGAACGGGGAGCAGACCCCCAACGCGCUCUCGAGGCUACUCCUCCACAUUGUCCCUCGCUGGCCGGAAAGGCGACAACUCGCGCAUCCCCGGUACCCCAGGCUACGACAGUUCAGUGCUGAGCAAUUUCCGCCGACGCCCGCGACAACAAAGUAUCCUCCAGAUGAUGCAGGCCGAUGACGGAUCCUCCGAGCUUGACGACGAUGAUUUUCUGGGAGGCUUUAGCCCGCAGGAUGAAUCUACGCCGUUGAAUCUCUCCCGCGGCAAGUCACUACUCGUCAGAACAGAGCAAUCGCCAUCGCCAUCUGAAUCGCUACCGUCAUCUGGCAGGUCGCGUAAGCGCAGACAUGCGGAGGAGGAGAUCUUGGUCCCCGAAUCUUCUAUGGAGUCGGCCCAAGAUAUGGUGGAAGAUACUCCAACCGCAACACCUAUUGCUCGCGUGCCUUCCUCUCACCCAUCAGAAGCGACUCCGCGCGCUGUUCCCUUUCCAGAUAUCCUCAGUCAGACUCUUGCGCCACCUACCAGCAGCCCAGGCUUGAGCACCAAUGGCUCUGUUGCAGACGCAGCUCCCGGCAAGAAGUCUAGCGACCCCGCCCAAUUACCAACGGCAGUUCUACAAAACCGGUUGCUACCUCGUCGACGACAGCGUCGCAAGAAUCGAGCGGCCGGGGACUUCGAUGUACCAAGUGAUGAUAGCGACGAUGAUAUGCAUGACGCGGCCUCUGGGGACGACGACGAGCUGAACUACCAGCCGUCACGACGGGGCGACAGAUCGAACAAGCCAAAGCCUCUGAGUAACACACGAGCCAGAUCCAACCAGAAGAAAAAGAAGACCAGGGCGAGGUUGGCCUCGGCGCCCAAACCUACAGAGCCGGGUCCCACAACCUAUGGGCGUUCGCGUGGAAGUGGAAAUGGAGGUGUGGACAAGGAGAAUGAGAUGUUGUCGUCGCCAGGAUCAUCACCCCUGUCAUCUCCGCCCGAUACUGACGUGGACUUAUCCGAUUCGGAGGCUGAGACGGGGCCCGGGCGACGAUUUGUGAGCGACGAGCUGCGUGCGGCCGCCAAGAAAUUCGCGGAAGUCGACAAAUGGCAAAUGGAGUUUGAGGACGUUUCUGCGUCCGAGGCCUAG